AUACUUAAAAGUCAACCCCCCAGUAAAAAUUAAUAACUUCUAGUAGAUGUUGUAUCUCUGGAGAUAUUAACCCCUAAACUUGGGCUUGAAAUAAUUGUUUUAAUAAUGUACCAUUACACAAAGACAUUACAUAAUUUUAGGACACAGUAAGGUGUCGGUUUAGUGCAUGAUAAUUUUUCAAGAAAAUCACUUGAAAUAGAUCUAAUUUUGAAUAUGUACAGUAGACCCUCACCAAUUCAACUCUCAUAAAUUUGUAUUUCUGGAUAAUUGGCUAUUUUUACAGUAGCUGAAAUAAUGAAAAAACAAGGAAAAUUCUUAAAUGCUGAAUGACUAAUAGUUGUCAAAUUUGUAAAGCCAAAUCUGUAAUACAGUUCAUGUACAAUAAUGGAAGACACUGUCAGAUGGCUUCUUAAACUGUAGCCUCCAAACCUUGAUUGGGGUUUUAUUUCUACAAAUGACAUUCUUGUUACCAUGCCUGUAUGGAGCCCUCAGUGGGCUUCUAUGGCUUCAGAAGGCAAGUAUAAAAGCAUUGAGAUCAGCAACUUGCCGGAAUGUUCUGGUGAUAUUUUCUCCCCUUUCUAUCUGAAUCUGCUGUUUAGCAAGGCUACAGAUAGGGUGUUCAGGUAUGUUGUUUUAGUUUGCCUCUCCAAUAAUCAUCAUCAUCAUCAUUUCAUCGACGCCUGCUCCUAGGAGCUCCCACCAGGGGAUGGCCACGGCAGAAGAGCUUCCCGGGUAUACUCAGGAGACUUAUACCUUUAUAGCUCCCACAUUCCCCUCUCCUGCCCGUCCCCUUGUAAACUGGGACAAUGAUGGCUUUCGUUCAGUCUGCUGGCACCCCCCCCCUCCCAUGCUACUUCACAUAUCUUGACCAUCCAUUUAACCCUCUCGCACACGAUGACGCAUUUCACGUCAUCAAAGGUAAACGGUCCUGGCGCACGAUGACGCGAAACGCGUCAUAAAAGUAAAAAAAAUUGAUUAAAAAUUAAGUUUUCGGUGGAAGUGCGUCAAAUUUGGAGUGUCAUUUGUUGGGAUAAGUUUCUUAAUGGUAACAUAUGGCAACCUUUCUAAGGAGCGUAAAUGAGGAGCGUGGAGCGAUUUUUAGUUGUUAGCCUACUCUGACGGGAGAAGAAAAAAUACAGUUGUCUUGGUGUAACUCAGGAACUAAUAGGUGUGUGAAGAUUUUUAGGAUACCAUAAGAAUCCUCACUAAAUUCCACUUCAAAACAUAUAUUCGGCUAAAAAAGUUGGUCCACAAAAUUUCGAGAUAGCAAGUGGGGAAGAGUUGGUACUCAGGAUUUAUUGUCUACAAUACUCUAUACGGAGACUUGAAACGAGUUUCUAUUGUUUAUAUAUAUUUUUUCCUCUAUUUUUAUUUGCGCAUGUUCUAGUAUAAGUCUUUAUGAAGCCAUUGAUACCAAAUUUAUUGGGGUACGUUAUAUCUGUGAUGGUAAAAUACGUACUGGAAUAUAGAGUUUCGCAGCGGCAAAAAAAGGCUGGUCGGGCCUGAGAGAUGCAUGGUGAGUGGAAGAGAAACUUAUUGGAAACUUACUGUGCGCGAGAGGGUUAACACCACAAUUAUAUAUUUUUUCAAAUCCACCAAUAUCAUUGCAUAUUGUUUGUCUUUCACAGAUUUUACUUGGUCCCACACAAGGUGGAUAUCGUACUGCAAUUAUUUGUUAUAAAAUUUUAUUCUCUCACCUUUCUUUGACAAAUUUAACACAAAAAGUUACACAUAUAAAAAUGGAAACAAGGUAAAUUCUACACCUGUGGAGUGUGCAUCUCAUGUGUGUGGGAGCUUCACAUACACAGCUGUCUUGAACAGAGUGGAGUCUAAGGCUCUUCGUCUCAACAACUCUCCUCUUAUGACAGUCUUUUGUCUCUUGAAUUCUGCCGCAGUAUUGCAUCUCUUUCUAUCUUCUAUCAAUAUUUUCAUGCUGACCAUGCUAACUAAACUUGCUAACUGUAUGCCUCUCCCUCUCCUGCAGCCCUGCUGCAAAUGACUCUACCUCAUCCGUAUACUACUGUCCAAAACCAGCAUUUUUAUUCUUUCAUCCCUUACACUGGUAAACUCUGGAACAGCCUUCCUUUGUCUGCAUAUCCUCCUGCCUAUGACUUCACCUCUUUCAAGAGGAGAGUAUCAAGACACCUCUCCUCCCAAAUUUGACCUCUAUUUUGGAUACCCUUCUGUACUCCUUUUUAUAGGGGCAGUGAUUAACUGGCUUUUAUUUUUUUCUGAAUUAUUUUUUGUUUCUUUUUUGCCAUUGAGAUGCUUCCUUUACUGUAAAAAACAAGUCAACAUAUCUCUGGGCCUUCCUAUGCCUGCUCUAAUCCUACCUCUGAUUGAUAUGCUUUUGACAUCAGCAAAAGAGAUUUUGAACAUAUAUAUUUUGGCAAUUUCUUUGAUUCAGCCAAGCCAGUUUCCUUAUGCUCACUUUAACACUCUCGCCUGUCGACACCUUGAUGUUACUCCAGCCAAACCUCUUUGUGCAAGACUGGGAUUGUUUCAUUAGUUUCUCAAGAGGAAGGACUUGAAGAACAUCAGCCUGAAGCUGCAGGGGUCGCAGCAGAUUUCCUGAUAGUAAUGAAAACAGCCAUUGAAAAGGAUAUACAAUGAGCACCAUCUUCAACAUAGAUGAAACGGGGCUUCAGAGGAAGAGUAUGCCAGCGACAACUUACAUCUCUCAGGAAAAGCAGGAAUUUGUGGAACCUGUACCGCAAAAGUGUUUACCAAUUUCUGGUGCAUACGUUCAAACAUUGGCCACUUGACUCUUCAUUUCGAUUGGUGCUUGAGACCUGGCUCUCCUACAUCCAGCCAUGGAGGUACUGCGAAUACUCUCCUUCCACCAGAAGCCCCACAACCACUCAGACUACCAACACAACGGACAAUGAAAGUCGUACAGUCGAAGGUAGAUGGCAAGGAUUUGUGGCAGAAAAUCUACUCUUUUAUUCGCUUCUCUUCCAUCACCUUCUCCUCCGUUUGUUUCGCCUGGAUCUUCAUGCCCCAAGGAAUGCACAGAUACUGUUCCGUGUGACCAAGGUUUUUUCACAACCGAAUCUCAGUCGGUACAUUCAAGAAAUUGAAUCAGCACUUGAAGAUCCACAUCUCAUUCAUCGUUCUCUCCUUGGGCCAACCUCUGCCCCCACUCUAAGUCACAAAAACUUUGGGACAGAAGGACUGGUGGGAGAUGCUCGCUCGCUGGCUUCCCUUGCACGGAGCCACUGUGUUGAAAUGGAGGGACUUAGCCACUCCUAUCAGCCAAUGUUUGGAGCAGCGAGUGUUUCCUUGAUUAACUCCCUGAUGAAGCAUGUGCGUUCUGCAUAUGAGGCUGUCUGCUCUGAGCAACAGCAGACACACCAGCAAUCUGCCCUCUACACUGAUGGAGUGGGGCAUAAAGCAGGUGGAUGGAGUAGCUUAAUAUGGUCAUUAUUUGAGUCGUCCAUAACAUCAGAAGAGGAAUCAAGUGCAGAGGAUAUGAGGAAAACUAUUGUUCACUUGGAAAUGGCUCAGCGACAUCUGUCUAGCAUGUUUGGAGUUCCAGUGCCCCUAGAACUAAGUUGUCAUGAUAAUGUAGUGAAUGGUAGUUAUCAGCACCAACCUUCAGCACAACUGGAAAGAAGUCACAACCACACCAAGGACCCCACCUCUCCAGAACAGGUGCAGACCCCUAAUGGACCUGUACUGACAGCAUAUGGUCGGCAGCAGUUACGGUGCGGUUUGCGUCGUCGUGACCUAAAGUAUGAGGGAGACCCAGACCUGCGUCCCAUCACCAGCUAUGAGAUUGUCUUUCUGGUGCGCUGGCUGUAUACUGUGUCACUUCUCCUCAACACUAAGUAUGGAGAUAGAAUGGCUGCAGCUUAUCACCGCCAAGAUGUGAUUGGUUGGAUUGCACGCCGUGUACUACAGAGUCCAGACACAAUCUUUGAAUACCAUAAAGAUGUGCAAGGUGCUCCCCCAGCUCAUACAGAGCGACACCUACCCCCAAGAAUCAGCCUACGGCUACAAGCCAGCAAGAGGGUCCUUGGGUAUGAGCUGGCCCUCUUCCUCCUGCUGCACUUUUUGGGCAUGUGGGGUUUGGUGCUGCGACUGUUUAUUGCCACUGCCGUUUGUAUCUUCAUACUUGGGUCCCUAAUUCACGGCUACGCUCAAGCAUACCACAUCACUACUACAGCAGUUACUACUACUAUUACCACCAGUGUUUCUUCCACCUCUGCCAUUUCAGGGGAGAGUAUGGUGUCAUCUCCUGGACUUUAAGAAAAUGCGCCAGCUAACCAGCUUCCUGUCAUUAAGUAAAUGUGCCUUCUGAUCAGCUUCCUGCCAUGAGUCAUUUGUUGUGACAGGAAUAGAUAGUGUUGAGGGGAAAAUGAUAGAGAGUAUCACAGUGGUCACAGCAGGGUUACAUUGAGGGCCAUUUUUUCCCCAUAGUCAGUUAGCAUAUGGUUAGCAGUUCAUUCUUGCUCUUGCCCAGCUGAGUCCCAGCCCAUUAAUAUUGAGUAUCUUCUGAACAAAGUCAGGAGAAUAUCCAGUGUACACUCAUUCUGAUUGUAAGAUUGUUGUUUUUAUGCAUGCAAAGCAAGAGUUGUGUUUAAUGGGAAAAGUACAGGAAAUUGUGUGGCCAAAAUUUUAGUUUGUUUUUAAGAUCCUAUAUGUAGGAGAAUAGUUGUCGCUUUUUCACGUACUAUGGGGCCCCAUAUCAAGUGAUAUUAGGAGACUGAAAAAACGUAGCUUGUUCUGUAAACGCAAGUUUUGGGGCAAAUUUGAUACAGUAAAAAAUAAAAACACUGAAACCUUUCAUAAGUUACUUUUUUGCUCUAUUUCUCCUGCUGUAAACAACUAAAACUUACAUUUAAAUGUACACCUGUCCCCCUGUAUUUGCUGGUUUACUAUUGUGGACUGACACAUUCACAGAUUUCCCCCCAAAUGCACAAAGGCAGCCCCGAAGGAAUUUUCUCGCUGCCGCUCCGAACAUUCAUGGUCCGCCCUUAGACAUUGCUGUUCCUAAGGAAAGGGUGGUGUACACACGCAUAAACCAACAUAAAAUAUCAUGAGUAGCACAGCCCCCUAAUACUUCGCCCUACAACCUCCCAUGUUCUUGUAUGUAUGUAGUGAA